UGGGGGAGCUAGUGUUUUGAGCUGAGAGCGCGUGAUGUUCCUGCGCAUGAGCACACUGUGCGCCACCGCUCUGCCAGCCUCUUACUCCCGGGACUGAAGCUCCGCCGCCACGCUGCAUUUGAGCCGGAAGCGGGAAAGACCGUGGAUAACGGGUUGCAAAGCUGUGGUGGGGAGGAGGCCAGAGGAGCGUGUAUUUGGGCUGCAGCCCCUGCCGCCUCCAGAGAUACUACUUUGGCGGUCAGAGCGCGGCGAUACUAAUGUUCUGAAAUCCUGAACCAUGAGUUUAGCACUUAAUGAUCUGCUUAUUUGCUGCCGACAACUAGAACAUGAUAGAGCUACAGAACGAAGGAAAGAAGUUGAGAAAUUUAAACGCCUGAUUCGGGAUCCUGAAACAGUUCAACAUUUAGAUAGGCAUUCAGAUUCCAAACAAGGAAAAUAUUUGAAUUGGGAUGCUGUUUUUAGAUUUUUGCAGAAAUACAUUCAGAAAGAAACAGAAUGUUUGAGGACAGCAAAACCAAAUGUAUCAGCCUCAACACAAACCUCCAGACAGAAAAAGAUGCAAGAAAUCAGUAGUUUGGUCAGAUACUUCAUCAAAUGUGCAAAUAAAAGAGCACCCAGACUAAAAUGUCAUGAACUCUUGAAUUAUAUCAUGGAGACAGUGAAAGAUUCAUCCAAUGGGGUUAUUUAUGGAGCUGAUUGUAGCAACAUACUACUCAAAGACAUUCUUUCAGUGAGAAAAUACUGGUGUGAGAUAUCACAGCAACAGUGGCUAGAAUUAUUCUCUGUGUACUUCAGGCUGUACCUCAAACCUUCCCAAGAAAUUAAUAGAGUUUUAGUGGCUAGAAUAAUUCAUGCUGUUACCAAAGGAUGCUGUUCACAAACUGAUGGAUUAAAUUCUAAAUUUUUAGAUUCUUUCUCCAAGGCUGUUCAGUAUGCAAGACAAGAAAAGAGUUCUGCAGGUCUUGGUCAUAUCUUAGCAGCCCUUAUUAUCUUUCUCAAAUCCUUGGCUGUCAACUUCCGAAUUCAAGUAUGUGAAUUAGGAGAUGAAAUUCUGCCUACCUUACUUUAUGUUUGGACUCAACAUAGAUCUAAUGAUUCCUUAAAAGAAGUAAUUAUUGAAUUAUUUCAACUGCAAAUUUAUAUCCAUCAUCCAAAAGGAGCCAAAACCCAGGAAAAAGGUGCUUAUGAAUCAAUAAAAUGGCGAAGUAUUUUAUAUAACUUAUAUGAACUUCUAGUGAAUGAAAUAAAUCAAAUAGGAAGUAGAGGAAAAUAUUCUUCCGGAUCUCGUAAUAUUGCUGUCAAGGAAAAUUUGAUUGAAUUAAUGGCAGAUGUUUGUCACCAGGUUUUUAAUGAAGAUACCAGAUCCUUGGAGAUUUCUCAGUCUUACACUACUUCACAAAGAGAAUCUAGAGAUUACAGUACACCUUGCAAAAGAAGGAAAAUAGAACUAGGCUGGGAAGUAAUAAAAGAUUAUCUUCAGAAAUCACAAAAUGAUUUUGAUCUUGUGCCUUGGCUACAGAUCACAACUCAGUUAAUAUCAAAGUACCCUGCAAGUUUACCUAAUUGUGAGAUAUCUCCAUUACUAAUGAUACUAUACCAGCUUCUGCCUCAACAGCGACAUGGGGAACGCACACCAUAUGUUUUACGAUGCCUUAUCGAAGUUGCAUUGUGUCAAGUCAAGAAAUCAAACCUAGAAAGCUCUCAAAAAUCAGAUUUAGUGAAGCUCUGGAUUAAAAUUUGGUCUAUUACACUUCGGGGUAUCAGUACUGAACAAAUGCAGACUGAAAACUUUGGCCUACUUGGAGCCAUUAUUCAAGGUAAUUUAGUUGAGGUUGACAGAGAAUUCUGGAAGUUAUUUACUGGAUCAGCCUGCAAACCUUCUGGUCCUUCAGUAUGCUGUUUGACUUUGGCACUGACCAACAGCAUAGUUCCAGAAACAGUAAAAAAGGGAACAGAACAAAAUAUAUAUGAUGUAAAUAGAAGUUUUACUUUAAAGGAAUCAAUAAUGAGGUGGCUGUUAUUUUAUCAGUUAGAAGAUGACUUAGAAGACAAUACAGAAUUGCCCCCAAUUCUUCAGAGUAAUUUUCCUCAUCUCAUCCUGGAGAAAAUUCUUGUGAGUCUUACAAUGAAAAAUUGUAAAGCUGUAAUGAAUUUGUUUCAAAGUGCACCAGAAUGUGAGCAACACCGGAAAUGUAAAGAAGAGCCUUCAUUCUCAGAAGUAGAACAACUGUUUCUUCAAACAACUUUUGAUAAGAUGGAUUUUUUAACUGUUGUGGAGGAAUGUGCUGUAGAAAAGUAUCAAUCCAGUAUUGGCUUUUCUGUUCAUCAAAACCUCAAGGAAUCAUUGGAUCGAUAUCUUCUGGGGUUAUCAGAAAGGCUUCUUAAUAGUUACUCAUCUGAGAUUACAAAUUCAGAAAUACUAGUCCGGUGUUCAAGUCUUUUGGUGGGUGUUCUUGGCUGCUAUUGUUAUACUGGUAUAGUAUCUGAAGAGGAAGCACAUAAAUCAGAAUUAUUCCAGAAAGCCAAGUCUCUAAUGCAGUGUGCAGGAGAAAGUAUCUCUCUGUUUAAAAAUAAGACAAGUGAAGAAUCUAGAAUUGGUACAUUGAGAAAUAUGAUACAUCUUUGUAUAAGUUGCUUGUGUAACUGUACCAAGCAGAAUCCAAGUAAGAUUGUAUCAGUUUUUUUCCUACGAUUGUUAACAUCAAAGCUGAUGAAUGACAUUGCAGAAAUUUGUAAAAGUUUAGCAUCCUUUAUCAGAAAGCCACUUGACUAUGGAGAAGUAGACUCAAUGAAUGAUGAUAUUGAUGAAAAUUUACAGGAGGUAGAGGAUUUGUCUUCCAUGGAUCUUUUUAAAGAUUACCCUGUUGGUAGUGUGAGUGAUGCAAGUGAUUCUGGGGAGAGCCAAAGUACUGUUGGUGCCAUGAAUCCGUUAGCUGAAGAAUAUCUGUCAAAGCAAGAUCUACUUCUUUUAGACAUGCUCAAGUUCUUGUGUAUGUGUGUAACCUCGUCUCAAGCCAAUCCUGUAUCAUUUAGAGCAGGUGAUAUAAGGAGAAAAUUGUUAAUGCUAAUUGAUUCUAGCAUACUAGAUCCUACUAAAUCUCUUCAUCUCCACAUGUAUCUAGUGCUUUUAAAGGAACUUCCUGGAAAAGAACAUCCUUUGCCAAUGGAAGAUGUUGUUGAACUUCUGAAGCCACUAUCCAGUGUGUGUUCUUUGCAUCGUCGUGACCAAGAUGUUUGUAAAACAAUUUUAAACCAUGUCCUUCCUAUUGUGACAAACCUAAGUCAAGGCAAUAUGGACACUGAGCACACAAGGGAUGCCCAAGGACAGUUCCUUAGAGUGAUUGGAGCAUUUUGGCAUCUAACAAAGGAAAAGAAGUGUACAUUCUCUGUAAGGAUGGCACUUGUGAAGUGCCUUAAAACUCUGCUUGAGGCUGAUCCUUAUUCAAAAUGGGCUAUUCUUAAUGUAAUGGGAAAAGACUUCUCUGUAAAUGAAGUAUUUCCACAAUUUCUUGCUGAUGAACAUCACCAAGUUCGCAUGUUGGCUGCAGAGUCAAUUAAUAGCUUAUCCGUUUUGGAGAAAGUUUCUGAAACUUUUGGAUAUAGAAAUUUAGAAGACUUCAUGGCUUCUCAUUUAGAUUACCUGGUUUUGGAAUGGCUAAAUCUUCAAGACACUGAAUAUAGCUUAUCUUCUUUUCCUUUUAUUUUAUUGAACUACACAAAUGUUGAAGAUUUCUAUAGAUCUUGUUAUAAGGUUUUGAUUCCACAUCUGGUGAUUAGAAGUUGUUUUGAUGAGGUUAAGUCCAUUGCUAAUCAGAUUCAAGAGGAUUGGAAAAGUCUUCUGAUAGACUGCUUCCCAAAGAUUCUUGUAAAUAUUCUUCCUUAUUUUGCUUACGAGGGUGUAGGAGACAGUGGGAUGGCACAACAAAGAGAGAAUGCUACUAAGGUCUAUGAUAUUCUUAAAGGGGAAAACCUGCUGGGAAAACAGAUUGAUCAUUUAUUUAUUAGUAAUUUACCAGAGAUUGUGGUGGAAUUAUUGAUGUCGUUACAUGAAACAGCAGAUUCUGCAGAUUCUGGUGCCAGCCAGAGCACUGAUGCCUGUGACUUUUCAGGGGAUUUGGAUCCUGCUCCUAAUCCACCUUAUUUUCCAUCACAUGUGAUUAAAGCAACAUUUGCUUAUAUCAGCAAUUGUCAUAAAACCAAGUUUAAGAGCAUUUUAGAAAUUCUUUCCAGAAACCCUGAUUCCUAUCAGAAAAUUCUUCUAGCCAUAUGUGAGCAAGCAGCUGAGACAAAUAAUGUGUAUAAAAAGCAUAGAGUUCUUAAAAUAUAUCACCUGUUUGUUAGUUUAUUACUAAAAGAUAUAAAAAGUGGCUUAGGAGGAGCUUGGGCCUUUGUGCUUCGAGAUGUUAUUUAUACUUUGAUUCACUAUAUCAACAAAAGGCCUUCAAAUUUCACGGAUGUGUCAUUACGCAGCUUCUCUCUUUGUUGUGACCUGUUGGGUCAGGUUUGCCAAACAGCAGUGACUUACUGUAAAGAUGCUUUAGAAAAGCAUCUUCAUGUUAUUGUUGGUACACUUAUACCCCUUGUGAAUGAUCAAGUGGAGGUUCAGGAGCAGGUACUGAACUUGUUGAAGUAUUUAGUGAUAGAUAACAAGGAUAAUGAAAACCUCUAUCUCACGAUUAAGCUUUUAGAUCCUUUUCCUGACCACAUUCUUUUUAAGGAUUUGCGUAUUACUCAGCAGAAUAUCAAAUACAGUAGAGGGCCUUUUUCACUUUUGGAGGAAAUUAACCAUUUUCUUGCAGUAAGUGAUUAUGAUGCGCUUCCAUUGACAAGGCUUGAAGGAUUAAAGGAUCUUCGAAGACAACUAGAACAACAUAAAGAUCAGAUGAUGGACCUUAUGAGAGCAUCUCAGGAUAACCCACAAGAUGGCAUUGUGGUAAAGCUAGUUGUCAGCUUGUUGCAGUUAUCCAAGAUGGCAGUAAACCACACCGGUGAAAGAGAAGUUUUAGAGGCUGUUGGAAGCUGUUUGGGAGAAGUUGGUCCUAUAGAUUUUUCUACCAUAGCUAUACAACAUAGCAAAGAUACAUCUUAUACCAAGGCCCUUGAGUUAUUUGAAGAUAAGGAACUUCAGUGGACAUUAGUAGUGUUGAUCUACCUGAAUAAUACAUUGGUAGAAGAAUGCUGGUUUCCCAAGAUGUAUGCCUCCCCAACUAAAGAUGGUUGUGGCGGCAGCUCAGAGUCAGAACCAUUUUUCCGAAGCUCUUUGGAUAAAAAAUCACAAAGAACAAUGCUUGCUGUUGUAGACUACAUGAGAAGACAGAAGAGACCCUCGGCAGGAACAGUUUUUGAUGAUGCUUUCUGGCUGGAUUUGAAUUAUCUGGAGGUUGCUAAAGUAGCUCAGUCUUGUGCUGCUCACUUUACAGCAUUGCUCUAUGCAGAAAUCUAUGCAGAUAAGAAGAACAUGAAUGAUCAAGAGAAAAGAAGUCUUAUAUUUGAAGAAGGAAGCCAAAGUACAACUAUUUCUAGUUUGAGUGAAAAAAGCAAAGAAGAAACUGGAAUAAGUUUACAGGAUCUUCUAUUAGAAAUUUACAGAAGUAUAGGAGAGCCAGAUAGUCUGUAUGGCUGUGGUGGAGGGAAAAUGUUGCAACCCCUUACUAGACUACGAACAUAUGAACAUGAAGCAAUGUGGGAGAAAGCCUUAGUAACGUAUGACCUUGAGACAGCAAUCUCCCCAGUAACUCGCCAGGCAGGAAUAAUUCAGGUAUAUUUUUUUCUUGGAUUAGUAAAGAUGUCACUAGUGCAGUUUUUAUUUUUUGAAUUAUCUCACAGCAAAGGAUUAGAAGGAACCAGUUACCAUGAAUCAUUGUACAAUGCUCUGCAGUCUCUGAAAGACAGAGAAUUCUCCACAUUUUAUGAAAGUCUCAAAUAUGCCAGAAUAAAAGAAGUGGAAGAGUUGUGUAAGGGCAGUCUUGAGAUUAUUUAUAAGUUCUAAACUUGUUACUGCACAAAUUCCUUUGUAAUGUAUAUUACAUUUUAGAACCUCAUAAUUUUUUUUCAUUUCUUUUGCUUAUAUUAACUCUCUGAUUUGGCUUUCAGAUCACUCACAGAUAGACAAAUCUCUGAAUUGUAUAUUAAGUGGCGUAAACAUUCCCAGAUAAUUAAGGACAGUGAUUUUAGCUUUCAGGAGCCUAUCAUGGCUCUACGCACUGUUAUUUUGGAGAUCCUGAUGGAAAAACAAGUGGAGCUCUCUCAAAGAGAGUGCUUUAAGGACAUUCUCACCAAACACCUUAUAGAAUUCUCUGUUCUGGCCCGAACUUUCAAGAACACUCAGCUACCUGAAAGGGCAAUAUUUCAAAUCAAACAGUAUAAUUCAUCUAUUUGUGGUGUCUCUGAGUGGCAGCUAGAAGAAGCACAAGUAUUCUGGGCAAAAAAGGAGCAGAGUCUUGCCCUGAAUAUUCUCAAGCAAAUGAUUAAAAAGUUGGAUGCCAACUGCACAGAGAAUGAUCCCAACCUAAAACUUAUAUACACAGAAUGUCUGAGGGUUUGUGGCAACUGGUUGGCAGAAACUUGCCUAGAAAAUCCUGCAGUCAUCAUGCAGACCUACCUAGAAAAGGCAGUAGAAGUUGCUGGAAGUUAUGAUGGAGAAAGUAAUGAAGAGCUCAGAAAUGGAAAAAUGAAGGCAUUUCUCUCAUUAGCACGAUUCUCUGAUACUCAAUACCAAAGAAUUGAAAACUACAUGAAAUCAUCAGAAUUUGAAAACAAGCAAGCUCUCUUGAAAAGGGCCAAAGAAGAAGUGGGCCUCUUAAGGGAACAUAAAAUUCAGACCAACAGAUACACAGUAAAGGUUCAGAGAGAGCUGGAGCUGGAUGAAUGUGAUCGAACAGAGGCUGCAAACAAAAUAAUAUGUACUAUCAGAAGUAAGAGACCUCAGAUGAUCAAGAAUAUUGAGGCACUUUGUGAUGCUUAUAUUAUAUUAGCAAACUUAGAUGCCACUCAGUGGAAAACUCAGAGAAAAGGCAUCAGUAUUCCAGCAGACCAACCAAUUACCAAACUUAAGAAUUUAGAAGAUGUUAUUGUUCCUACUAUGGAAAUUAAGGUGGAUCCCACUGGAGAAUAUGGAAAUCUAGUGACUGUUCAGUCAUUUAAAACAGAAUUUCGUUUAGCAGGAGGUUUAAAUUUACCAAAAAUAAUAGAUUGUGUAGGCUCUGAUGGCAAGGAAAGGAGACAGCUUGUCAAGCUUGUUAACAAUGAAGAUGGGGCUCACAAAAGAUAUAGGCCAAAUGAUUUCAGUGCUUUUCAAUGCCAAAAGAAAAUGAUGGAAGUACAAAGGAGGUCAUUUGAAGAGAAAUAUGAGAUCUUCAUGAAUAUUUGCCAAAAUUUUCAACCAGUUUUUCGUUACUUCUGCAUGGAAAAAUUCUUGGACCCAGCUGUUUGGUUUGAGAAACGACUGGCUUAUACACGCAGUGUGGCCACUUCUUCUAUUGUUGGUUACAUCCUUGGACUUGGUGAUAGACAUGUACAGAAUAUCUUGAUAAAUGAGCAGUCAGCAGAACUUGUGCAUAUAGAUUUAGGGGUUGCUUUUGAACAGGGUAAAAUCCUUCCUACUCCUGAAACAGUUCCGUUUAGACUCACCAGAGAUAUUGUGGAUGGCAUGGGCAUUACUGGUGUUGAAGGGGUCUUCAGAAGAUGCUGUGAGAAAACCAUGGAAGUUAUGAGAAAUUCUCAGGAAACUCUGCUAACCAUUGUAGAGGUUCUCUUGUAUGAUCCACUCUUUGACUGGACCAUGAAUCCUUUGAAAGCUCUGUAUUUACAGCAGAGGCCAGAAGAUGAAACCGAGCUACACACCACUCCAAAUGCGGAUGACCGAGAAAGCAAACGAGAUCUUAGUGAUAUUGACCAAAGUUUCAACAAAGUGGCAGAACGUGUCUUGAUGAGAUUGCAAGAGAAACUGAAAGGAGUGGAAGAAGGCACUGUGCUCAGUGUGGGUGGACAGGUGAAUUUGCUCAUACAGCAGGCUAUGGACCCCAAAAAUCUCAGCCGACUUUUCCCAGGAUGGAAAGCUUGGGUGUGAUCUUCAGUAUAAGAAAUACUCCUUGAAUUCAACCUUUAGAAAUUGUAUUUCAGCUUUCAUUUUCAACCCAUUCACAGUCUUUAAGUGGGGAUUAAUAUUUAAGUGAACAACUGUGUUUUUGAAAAAAAAUGUUUUCUGCUUGAUUAAUUCAUCACCCAAAGAUGCUGUGAUAGUGUCCAGGAAGCUGUUUGCUUUCACACAUUAAAAAUGACUGUUAUUCUUGCCCUACUUAUUGGCUAAAUUUUUAUUUCUUCUCAAUAGCAUAGUCAUGGCAUUUUCAAUGGAAUCCAUGAUUUAUCUAUUAGCUGAGAAUGAUGAAACAGCAGAACAAUGGUUGUUCCUUUGGUAUAGAUUAUAACAAAAAUACUGCUAUUUUAAGGUGGCUUUUAGUUAAAACUUAUUUCCCAGAUAUUACAUAUAUGUAUGUGAUAGUUUUCUAUAAAAGGGGGAAAACUCUAAAAUUGUAACCAUGGUAAAGCUACAUUAAAAAUAAGAAUAUAGGACUGGGAGUGUGACUCAGUGAUAGAGAGGUUCCCUGAGAGGAUGAGGGAGGGACAAAGGAUAUUGAAAACAAAGUAGUGCAGGUUGAGCAUUCCUAACCUGAAAAUCCAAAACAAAAUGUGUCAGUGACACAGACCUCUCUUACUUUACCCAGAAUUUUCUGAGUGUCAUUUUGGUGGAUUUUCACAUUAGGGAUGCUCAGCUCAGCGUUUAUACAGAUACUUCAAAGUCAGAAAUACUUCUGGUUCCAAGCAUUUUGAAUAAGGGAUAUUCAGUCUGUAUUCUAAAAAUGUGUUUGUAUUUUCAGUAUGGUCACCUAGAGUUAUAAAACAAUGAAAAUGUUACAGAGAAAUUCAAAGACAUGGUUAGUGUAGUUUUUAUUUUUAAAAAAUAUAUAUAUACAUAAAAUGUAUAUAUUUCCCUAUUCUAAUCUUAAACUUAAGUCAGACUUCAAGAUUAGAAUAGACUAGUCUUACAAUUUAGAAAGCUAGUAUACUGGUUUGAAAUAUAUUGUGCCAUUUCAAAUGUUUUAAUUGCACCUUAAUGAAAUUAUGUAGUUUUGUUUUAAUACUACUAAAUGUUAUUGUUACCUGAGUCUAUUAUAAAAUGGUUUUUCAAUAAAUAAUUCUUCAAGUUUA